CAGAGGUCUGGGACUAUGGAGGAUGUCUACCAUUACACCCGCAGCCCUGCCUGGGAGGAACUGAGACAGUGAGAGAUGACAGCGAGGAGAGACGCUUCUCAGCCGCUGAGCAGCUCUCGCCUCCGGGAGAGGAAGGGAGCGGCGGACCGGGCGAAGGCUAACCCCGAUUGGUUUUAUCCCUCCCCUCGACAGGAGCCGGAGAAAGGGCCGGCGUCCGCGGCGGGGAUCCAUGCCCAUGUGGUGGGGGCUGUCGCCGGCUCCGGGGCUGCGGACGAGUCCUCUGACAGCGAGGCAGAGCAGGAAGGCCCCCAGAAACUCAUCCGGAAAGUGUCCACCUCAGGACAGAUCAGGAGCAAGACGAGUAUAAAGGAGGGACUGUUGUUGAAACAGACCAGCUCGUUCCAGAGGUGGAAAAAGCGCUACUUCAAACUGAGAGGCCGAACUCUCUACUACGCCAAAGAUGCCAAGUCCCUCAUCUUUGACGAGGUGGACCUUUCGGAUGCCAGCGUUGCAGAGUCCAGCACAAAGAAUGUCAACAACAGCUUCACGGUGAUCACCCCGUUCCGCAGGCUCAUCCUCUGCGCGGAGAACAGGAAAGAGAUGGAGGACUGGAUCAGUUCGCUCAAGUCCGUCCAGUCCAGGGAGCAAUACGAGACGGCACAGUUUAAUGUGGAACAUUUCUCAGGGAUGCACAACUGGUACGCCUGCUCCCAUGCACGGCCCACCUUUUGCAACGUCUGUAAAGAUAGCUUGUCUGGGGUCACGUCGCAUGGCCUCUCCUGCGAAGUUUGCAAAUUCAAAGCCCACAAACGCUGUGCUGUCAGAGCCACUAACAACUGUAAAUGGACGACGCUGGCUUCCAUAGGAAAGGAUAUCAUUGAAGAUGAGGAUGGGAUUGCUAUGCCCCACCAGUGGUUGGAAGGCAACCUGCCCGUCAGUGCCAAGUGCGCCGUGUGCGAUAAGACGUGUGGCAGCGUGCUGAGACUGCAGGACUGGCGCUGCCUCUGGUGCAAAGCUAUGGUGCACACAGCCUGCAUGGAUCUGUACCCUCGCAAGUGUCCUCUGGGUCAGUGCAAGGUCUCCAUCAUUCCCCCCACGGCGCUCAACAGCAUAGACUCAGACGGGUUCUGGAAGGCCACCUGCCCCCCAUCUUGUGCCAGUCCCCUCCUGGUUUUCGUCAACUCCAAAAGUGGUGACAACCAGGGGGUGAAGUUCCUACGACGCUUCAAGCAGCUCCUCAACCCGGCUCAAGUCUUUGACCUGGUCAACGGUGGGCCGCACCUUGGUCUGCGCCUGUUUCAAAAGUUCGACAACUUCCGGAUUUUGGUGUGCGGAGGCGAUGGCAGCGUGGGCUGGGUCCUCUCGGAGAUCGACAAACUCAAUCUGCACAAACAGUGCCAGCUGGGCGUGUUGCCAUUGGGCACGGGCAACGAUCUGGCGCGGGUGCUGGGCUGGGGCCCGUCGUGCGACGACGACACCCAGCUGCCCCAGAUCCUGGAGAAGCUGGAGAGGGCCAGCACCAAGAUGCUGGACCGCUGGAGCAUCAUGACCUACGAGAUUAAGAUCCCGCCCAAACACAGCUGCCCCACCACGCCUGAGGGAGCUGAUGACUGCCAGUUUCACAUUUCUACCUAUGAAGACUCAGUGGCCGCCCACCUCACAAAGAUCCUCAACUCUGAGCAGCACUCUGCGGUCAUCUCCUCUGCCAAGAUCCUGUGUGAGACGGUGAAGGACUUUGUAGCCAAGGUGGGGAAAGCCUAUGAAAAAAGCACAGAGAACGCAGAGGAGUGUGACACUAUGUCUCUCAAAUGUGCCAUCCUGAAUGAGAAACUGGACUCCCUCCUCCAGGCCCUCAACACAGAGUGCCAGGCCCUGCCUCCGCUCCCCCACUCCACUCCUCCUAUUGUAGAGGAGGAGCAGGAGGAGGAGGAGGACGAGGAGGAGGAGGAGGAGGCCAGCGAGGAGAGCCUGACGGAGCUGAAGGAGAAGCUGGAGGAGGAGGAGACGGAGAAAGGAGGAGCUUCCCCGCACCAGCUGUUCAAAAGCAGGGAGCAGCUGAUGCUCAGGGCCAACAGCCUGAAGAAAGCCGUGCGACAGAUCAUAGAACAGGCCGAGAGAGUGGUUGAUGAGCAGAACGCCCACACAGAGGAGACCGAGCUGCCGUCCCCCCUCGAGUUCAGGAAGGACAGCGAGGAGGAGAACAGGGACAGUGAGAAGGAUGAGGACACCAAGGAACUGGAAGCAGUGCCGUCUGCCAAGAGCCCCUGUUCCCCAACGGAGAGGAGGGUGAGCCGCAGCACCCAGUCCUACGGCUCCUUCACCAUCACCCCAUUCACCACCAGCAAGGAGAACCUGCCUGUACUCAACACACGCAUCAUCUGCCCUGGCUUGCGGGCAGGUCUGGCUGCCUCCAUCGCUGGCAGCUCCAUCAUUAGCAAGAUGCUGCUGGCUAACAUUGACCCCUUUGGGGCCACACCCUUCAUCGACCCUGACCUGGAUUCCCUAGAGGGCUACAUGGAGAAGUGUGUGAUGAACAACUACUUUGGCAUCGGCCUGGAUGCCAAGAUCUCCCUGGAGUUCAACAACAAGCGAGAGGAGCAUCCGGAGAAGUGCAGGAGUCGAACCAAGAACAUGAUGUGGUAUGGUGUUUUGGGCACAAAGGAGCUCCUGCAGAGAACCUACAAGAACCUGGAGCAGAAGGUCCAGCUGGAGUGCGAUGGCCAGUACAUCCCCCUACCCAGCCUUCAGGGUAUCGCGGUGUUGAACAUCCCUAGCUACGCGGGCGGGACCAACUUCUGGGGCGGCACCAAGGAGGAUGAUAUCUUCUGUGCCCCAUCAUUUGAUGAUAAGAUCCUGGAAGUUGUGGCUGUGUUUGGGAGUAUGCAGAUGGCAGUGUCCAGAGUCAUCAAACUGCAACACCACCGCAUAGCACAGUGUCGAACAGUGAAGAUUACCAUCCUGGGCGAUGAGGGGGUUCCCAUUCAGGUGGACGGUGAGGCCUGGAUCCAACCGCCCGGAGUCAUCAAGAUCCAGCACAAGAACAGGGCUCAGAUGCUCACCAGAGACCGGGCCUUUGAGAACACGUUGAAGUCAUGGGAGGACAAGCUGAAGUACGACAAGCCGCCUCUGCGGCCUCACCUCUACCCACAGCAGUCCGUGGAUCUGGCCACAGAGGAGGAGGCCGCCCUGGUGCAGAUGUGCGCCCGAGCUGCAGAGGAGCUCAUUACAAGGAUAUGUGAGGCUGCAAAGACCAAUGGGCUUUUAGAGCAGGAGCUGGCUCACGCUGUCAAUGCCGCAUCCCACGCCAUCAACAAAACACACCCGAAGUUUCCCGAGAGUCUGACCAGGAACACAGCUAUAGAGGUGGCCAGCACCGUCAAGGCUCUGUACAACGAGACCGAGUCUCUUCUGUUGGGCAGAGUCUCUCUGCAACUGGACCCGCCAGAGGAGGAGCAGCUGUCCGGUGCCCUGCAGAGUGUGGAGCUGGAAAUGGGCAAACUGGGAGAGAUCCCCUGGCUCUACCAUAUACUACAGCCUAAUGAUGAGGAGGACCACUCUCUGGGUUACGGCAAGAGGAACAGUCGCAGCAGCAUGUUCCGCAUAGUCCCCAAGUUCAAGAAGGAGAAGGCCGCCAAGAAGACGAGCCCUCAGUCAGUGGAGAGAUGGGGCACAGAGGAGGUGGGCAUCUGGCUGGAACAGCUGAGCCUGGGGGAGUACAGAGACACCUUCAUCCGACACGACAUCCGAGGCUCAGAGCUGCUGCACCUGGAGAGGAGGGACCUGAAGGAUCUGGGGAUAUCGAAAGUGGGUCAUAUGAAGAGAAUUCUCCAGGGAACUAAAGACCUGGCCAAGGCCUCCAUGGUUGACCUCUAACCCAGGAGCAGACGCCAGCGGAGAGGGGAAACAAACGUUCGCCUCACAUCAGUGGAAGGGUUUGGGAGCACCAUAGGCAGCGAAGGAGAAGAUAGGUAUUCUGGUUAUUCAAGGAGUGCUGGAUAUUUGAUCCCUCUGCAGAGACAGCCUUUGUGACGUCGUGGACAAGAUACCUUAGUGUGUUUGUUUGUGCGCUGGUGCCAAAACGACAGUCGAGAAAGCUGACGGAAGUGCAAAAGGAAGUCAUGGAUCUUCACAAAAAAGCCAUUUUUAAGUUAAUAACCAUUCCUAGCACACAAUCAGGUAUGCAACUCACCAUACUGUUGACAGGUAACUCGUCGUCCGAGUCGUGAUAACAAACCAGUAGCAAAACCAGGACUUCCGUGAGCGUGGGGUUUAGUUUCAGUUCAGCAGCGUGUGAAAAUGUGAUGUUUGCUGGCCCUCUGCCUCACAUCACUGAGCUGCAGAUGCGUUGAGUAGAGACAGAGAAGAUAAACGUCGCAGUCUAGGUGGGAAUCUGGAAGGUGUGGUUUCUGAAAACAGCGGGAUACUGCCGCAUGCUAUGCUUGCUCAACUUUAGAUAUGUUUAACUGCAUGAUUAGUGUCUUGAUUUUUUUGUGUGCAGAAUAACACUUGAACAAGUUUUACAUGACUUAAGUAUUAUAAUGCCAUUUGUUACUACUGAAAGCAUCCUUUUUGGUCCAAAUCAAACUUUUUUUUCUAGCUUUAAUUUAUUUUGUUUGCAUGAUAAUGAUGUCUCAAUGAUUUGUGUCAAGUGCCAUAUUUUCAGUCAUUUAGUGUAAAAUGUGCUUUAUUGGUAGACGUCAUAAGAAGUUUUAAAAAAGCUGUCGAUGAGGUAUGAAGAUACGGAGUUAAUGUCCAUACGCCGACACUGAAAAAUCAGUACCAGUAAUGAAUGUUUAAGAAAACAUGAUCAUCCGAUGACUUUGUUCGGAUCGCGACGUUUUAUUUAAUGGGCCAGUAGGUCUUAGGUCUUAAUUCCAUUUAAGGCGGGAAAAAGAAUAGUAUUAGUCCGGAAGAAAGUAAAAGCCAACCGCAUAUGCUGUAGGGUUGUCGAGUUUUUUAAGGAAUACUUAGAAGGCACUUUUUACUUCUUGCUUUAUGCAAGUGCAAAAUCCUCAUAUCAUUACAUAGAAUUAACGGUUCACCUCAACUUUUUCACCUUUGGCAAUUUAACACAGUAUCGAUAAUAGGAGUUAGGUAUUGGUUUUGAAAAUAUGAUAGAGAAGCUGAUCUGCAGCCUGCAUAGCAUUUUUUUUUUCUCCAAAUCACAAGUGAGACGUUGACAGAACACUACUUUUACCUGUUAGUUUCUUUUAAGACUGGUGGCAUUACAGGGUAUAUUUCUAUAUGUGAUGCUAAGUUGGUAUAUAUAUAUAUAUACACAUAUAUAUGCACUGUAUAUACAGUAUACCAGUGUAUGCAAACAAUGUUUGUAAGUGUGGUAGUCUAAUGCAUUUUGUAGAUUGCUGACAUGGCAUGCAUUGUCAACAGCUUACACAUUUGACUGUGUAUAUUACACCAUAACAAUUGUGUAUAGUUGAUUUGGUUCUAAUCUCUUGUACAUGAUAAUGCUGUUGUAUUCUAACGAUGGUGCAAUAUUUUAUCUCUUGUUUUGAUACUGUCUCCGGAGCUUUCUGACAUGAUGUUUCUCAGUGGGGAAAAAAACCUUGAUCAAGUUUUUUUGUACACGUUCUCCUCCUCCUCGAGGUCUGAGGAUUAGGUUUUAAAAGUUAGACCCAUAGACAGACUGCUUUUUUCUUACGGACUCCACGUUUCUUCCAGCGGUUCGCUAGUUUGUAGUUUUGCUCCUCUGUGCUUCCAAGGUGAUACACUAAAGCGGGACUGUGUCAGCGAGUGAGUAGAAUGGGCAGACAUGACUGUUGUGUUCAUAUGUAACAUGUAUUGCAAUGUAUUUGCGUGCAUUUGGGUGCGUGUACUACAGCCGUGGCAUAAUUUAUCUUAUCAGUAAUUGUUUAAUUACCAUUGCCAACUAAUUUUACCAGGCUGUUUCGACCCCCGCCAAGCUGGUUUUAAUCCAGCCUUUCCUCUGAUGUUACGUAGUUAAAAAAACUUUUUUUUUUUUUACCGAGUACUGACUGCUAGGAUUUAAAGCGAGGCACAAGCUUUCACCCCUCACCGUUCAUGUGAGUGAUUCAGAGGCUGCGCUGUGAGCGGUCCUGUAUUGUCCCUAAUGUCCCAGCAGAUGGCAAUCUAUCACAUCUCACAUCUCUACAGUCCCGGAGUCACAUUGUCAAAUGGCAAGAUUUACGGUCGCCUCUGCCGACAAUCAGUUCAGUCAACACCAGGAUAUUCCCUACAGUCUUGCACAUUGACACACGUUGAAAUCAUUACGCCCAUAAAUGUAAUUCCAACCAAGGAUAUUUUUUUUCUUGUGUACACUAUUAUUCAUCCUCUAACUGGCGCUAGUUAGUAACUACAAACCACUAAUUUAUAAGCAUCAGAGUUUUUCUCAUUUUCCCAGACAGAACUAUGCCUUUGAUUUAUUUGGUAGAUGUGGAUGCACUGUUGACUACGUGAUGACAGUUGGCCUUUUGCUCUGGAUACAGGUUUUACGUAAGUUGAAGCCUUUCGGUUAGUGUGUGCUUUAUUGGAGCAGUGUAGUGGAACUGCUGUAUGCUGCCUUGUUCCUCUAGUGCUCACCAGUUUUGGCCUCACGUCCAUUUAAUCUCCAUCACACCGGUCGCCAAACUGAAUUCCCUGCAGCUGUGUGUGUCUAUGUUCAUGGUAUCCGUGUGUCCAAAGUGUCUGCCGGGUUCUGUAAUUCUCUCUAAAGCGUUUUGGCCCCACAUUCCAGGCAAGAUAACGCUCGACCUUUCCAUACAAAGUGGAAGUUGCCACCUUUCUCCCUCGCUGUGUUUCCCAGUGGUCUGUAAAUAAUGCUGCAAACUGCCUGGUUUUCAAAAAACCAACAAAACCCAUGCAAGGAUCUCUAAAAGACAGUUUAACACAUAGUCUCUGACAUGGUUCCUGAAACGACGGGAGAAAAGUGAAUUUCAUUUGUUUACAUUAUGUUUACAAUGGCACAGUUUUAAUUUUUAAGAAUAUAUAUGUAGGUAUAAACAAUAUUUGCAUAUUUAUUGCCUAAGGUUAAAUGAUAUGAUGUGUAUUGUGUUUUCACAUUUGGAAUAUAAUGUUACAGUUGUCACCUGUAUUACUAUCUGGAUGAUUUUGGUAAAGUAGUUGAUCAUUUUUAUGACUACUAAGUGACUGUUUUCUGUGCCUUUUUAUGGUUAGAAUGCAUGGUUAACUAUUUAUUACAAUUUGGAGUCACUGAGAUGUGUAUUUUUGUAUUCUGAAUAAAUAAAUGGUUCAGCUUUUGUUGUACAUUUUUAAGGUGCCUUCAAAUAGGCUACCUAUUCAUAUCUCUCUUCUUCAAUAAAACCAAAUACAU